CGCAACGAAAAACCGAGCCGAUGCAACGUCAGAGAAAGUGAGGAAGAUUGAAGGGAGGCUCUGGUGUGGUGGCAACUAUAAAACUCAAACGCAACCACUCUUCGACAUCAGUUCAUCAACACAUCAACAAUGUUCAAAGUGUUCGUCAUCACUACCCUUUUCUUGGGUGCUUACGCCGAAUAUUUGGGUGAAUUGCAGGGUUAUGGAGGCCAUGUAGGGGGCGAAAUCGAGUAUGGGGGCCACGAGGAACACCAUAACCACCACCCCAAAUAUCAAUUCAACUACGCAGUACAUGACCCUCAUACCGGCGAUGAGAAACAACACAUCGAAGAGCGCGAUGGCGACCAAGUUAAAGGGACCUACACCUUAAAGGAGGCCGAUGGUACUACUCGUGUCGUGGAAUAUAAAGCUGACAAACAUAACGGAUUUAACGCCGUUGUGCAUAAAAUUGGCGAACCACACCAACAUGGUGGUCAAAUCGGAGGCGUUUAUGGCGGACACUAUUAAUUUGUUUUUGUGAUACUUUUUAUACCUCAAUUUUUGUACUCAAUUUAAUAAAUUUGUUAUGAAAUUGA